CAUUUCUCAAUUUAGACAAAUAAAGGAGAUUAUGAAGAUGAACACCUAUUGCAUUCUAUAUUAUGAUCUUUCACCAGCAUAGAAAUACUGAAGCAAAGCAAGAAAACUGAAAGCACAAUGUUUUCUUUGUAUUGCAUCCUUUUUUGGCUUGUCAGAAGGAUAUUAGUAAAAGGAGACUUUGACCUAUCAGGCUGUCCUUCUACAGAAAGUACUUGGAGAUACCGUGCAAGGAGUGGAGAGAAGUUUUUAUUAUUCUGUGAUGUUCCUAGACAAGGUCUUUGCCACAAGAGAAAUCUUUCAAAGAAACAAUGUAGUAGUACUGUAUACCAAGGAAUCAGUUAUUCAUCUGACAUCCAAUGGUACAAACAAUCUCAAAAUGGAUUACAACCAUAUGCUGCUAUUCAGAAUAACCACCCUCACAUCAUAUGGGAAAAUAAUUCACUUCAAUUUUCACCAGUUGGUUUCAAUGAUUCUGGGUCUUAUAUUUGUACAAUCAAGUAUAAACCAAAUCCUGUAAAAGAGUCCAGGAAAUCAAAGGAGAUGAAUUGUUUUCUUAAGAUAAUCUUAGAAGUUCAACCAAAGGAGAAGACACCCUGUAUGGACUCUGUAAAAAAUGAGCUAUACCUUCUCAUUGGUAGCACUGAUCUAGUUCCUUGUCCUGCAGUGGACUGUGAGGGAAAUUUACAAAGGGAAGACAUAACAUGGUACAAGAAUGGACAGCUAUAUCCUAAUCAGAGAAAAGCUUACAUAGAUUUUAAAGAAAUUUACUAUGAAGAUCAUGGUGUGUAUGUAUGUGAUUAUAACCAGUUUGUUAACUCAACUUGGUGGAUAAUCAGAGCAGUUGUUGAAGUGAAAACAAUUGUGAAAAAUACUUUAUCCAUACCAAUCAUUUUGGAUCCAACACAUGACAUGUUCACAUUGGAAGUGGAGCUAGGAAAACCAUUGAUUCUUGAAUGCAAAAUACGUUUUGGCUUUGAAAGAAAUUUUAAUCCUGUGAUAAAAUGGUAUGUGGAAGAUGCUAAGCUUAAUAAGGAAGAACUAAAACAAGAAAACAAAAGUAUCAUAAAACAAGUGGAGUGGGAAACUAUCCAUUACAUUGCCUACUUGAAGAAAGUAACUAAAAAGGAUCUACUAAGGAAUUUUAUAUGUUUUGCCCAGAAUUCUGUGGGAAAUAGUACACGAACCAUCAAGCUGAAACAGAAAAGAGGAGUGUUUUUCAUAUACAUAAUAUUUGGCACCACUAUAACACUAGUGACAAUCCUCAUGACAAGUGCAUUCAUCUAUCGUUACUGGGUUGAAAUAGUCCUUCUGUACCGAACUUACAAGGCCAAGGAUGAAACUCUAGGAGAUAGAAAAGAAUUUGAUGCCUUUGUGUCCUAUGCUAAACAAGACUCCUUUGAUAAUCUGGACCCUUCAUUUCUGAAUGAGGGGAGCUUUGCAUUGGAUUUACUCCCUAAAGUUUUGGAAAAAAAAUAUGGAUACACUUUGUGUUUGUUUGAAAGGGAUGUGACCCCAGGAGGAGCUUACACAGAAGAUAUUGUGAAAAUCAUCAAGCAAAGUCGGAGAGUCAUUUGUGUCCUGAGCCCCAGAUAUGUGAGCAGUCCUGCUGUUUUUGAACUGCAAGCCGCAAUCAAUCUUGCCUUGCAAGACCAAACACUGAAACUCAUUUUAAUUAAAUUUUCUCCCUUCAGAGAGACAGAUUCUUUACCUCACCGAGUGAAGCAAGCCCUUGCUGUACUCCCCACUAUCACUUGGAGAAGUUCAAAAUCAAUACCUCCAAAUUCCCGAUUCUGGAACUGCGUCCGCUACCAUAUGCCUGUGAAAAACCGUGGGGAUUUAGAAGGAAAAGGGUUCAAGAUUUUUCCUAGAAUUUGCUCAUAAUAAAAAAAAAAAAUCGCUAUUUCAGAAACCACUGGGAGGCGCUACUGGCUCAAGGAAUGGUAAAGUCAGAGGCCCUGCCUUGCCAAGAGACUUCAAGUAAUACAAUGGAAGUUUUCCUACAGGUCAGUGCUAGACCUGUGGGCUUGGAGCUAAGGACAGUACUGUACAUCCUUAGUCUUUCUUCACUGACUGUACAUCCUUAGUCUUUCUUCACUGGAGAGGAAGUACAUUCCCCAAACUCCAUGUUGCCUCUCGGAUAUGGGAAUGAAUUCAACAGCAGAAAAUUACAAAAGCUAAUCUAGGUGCAUAGGCAAAUUCUGUCAUUUAAAUGAUCCCUGAUAUAUUGUAUAUAUGACUUUUUUUGUCUGUUAACAAAAUCAAGUGAAAGUUUUACAUUUGAAAUGAUUAUAACCCUAGUUAAAGUACUAACCAAUUUUGAAGUGUUGGGAAGGAGGAGGUGUAGAUGGAGCAUUAAAUGGGUAUGACCACAAGGCAGAGUCAGGAGUAGGAUGGCCUUAACUACUCAAGCCGGUGACUAACAGGAUAAGUAGCCAAGAGGGCAGGUAUAAAUAAUAGGCAAAUAGCAUGGGGAAAUGAAAGGAUUAUGGAAUAGAGGUAAAAAGAUGGAGGAUGAAGUCUCAAGUUCACUGAUGUUAAUUUUUAAAGUUACUUUAAACAAGCCUUUAUAAUUCUCUGGACUUCAGUUUCUUCAUCUGUAAAAUGAAAGAUGUGCUAUGUAAGUAUAAAGGUCACUUCCACUUCUGAGAUUUGAUGAUUUCAUGAGUGGGGAGAUCAGUAGUCAGAAAUAAAAAACUGAAGAAGACAAUCAAGGCUAUGCUAGAGCCAACUUUCAGGAAUUUGGAAGAACUUAUUGUUGAAUUUACAGUUUCAGCCCUGGAAAUUGACUUGGUAUAUUAUUUUGUAGAUAUUAAAAAGUAAUGGAGAAAAUUCUAAUAAUGCAAAUUAAACUUAAAAGUAU